AUGUAGGUUUUAGAAUUUCACAUAUAUGAAACGCAAUGGAUGCUACGUAAGGGGAAGUACAAAUGCUUUGUAAACAUCUCUGAGAAACACCUCACUCAUCAUUAUUAACAGAGUGAACUGCCUGGAAUCUAACUCCAAAUGUAAUUGAUACGUCGAUUGCUGUAUUGUCGAUUGAAAGUGAUGCGUAAACAUUUUCUGAAGUUCAAUUCGAAGCAGGGUCGGAUCCUCGCUCAAUUGGAUCAGUGUAUGCAACUCUGCCACACCAUGCAGAAUUACAUAGCCAAAUGUUAAGAUGUUCUUACUGAGAGAGAAAAUCCAUCCAAUCGCAAGAAUAAGUUCAAAUUAUUAGGUGAUAUGCAAUCACCAAGAGGCAAUUCCAAACUCAGACAAUUCUUAAUUGAAUUCGAACAUGAACCUUGGGAUAAGAAGUCUCUGGUGUGGCUGAGAUAUCAUGAAUAAGAACUUUUUGUUUCCAUCCAAUAGAUCCUCAUGUUCAACUACUUGUACUUCAAGUUGACCAAUCUCAAGGAAGCCACUCGUUUCUUACACAAACUAGUACAAUUGAAAUUUGUGAAAACUCAAAAAUCAGUUACCAUUUAUCAUGAAGCCCUCACUCUCCUGCACUCAGCUCAUUUCGAAAACUCUUAUGUCUUUCAGAUUCAAUACUUUGAUCCCCUCUCCAAAAUGCUAAUGGACUCGUUGAGUGAGUACUAUCGUCCCAAAUCAGACUAGAAGAAAUGCAAACGACUCAUGAAACGAUAUGCCCAAUUGUUGAUUAUCAACUUGGAUUUGCAGAGUAAGUCAUUGGAGUACAAGGACAAAUAUGAUGAAUCUGCAUUAAUGAUAUCCAUGGCCAAUUAUGUAUGUCAGCACAUCUUGACUUUUGUAGGCAAACAGGAAGAAUUAAUCAAUUACAUAAAAUACGAAUACGAAUACAAACAUGAAAAAUAUGAACAAAUCAUUCUUGAGUAAUAGGAUCUCAACUAAUUUGUUUCAUUCCUAUAUGGUUUUGAGAAAAAACAGAAUCAAGAAUAAAAACAGCAAUUCCCUCACAAAACCAAAUACGAUAUCAAUAAUAAGCAUGUCUAUAUACUCCAUCACACCAGAGCCAGGAGUGAUUUCAAACCAAUAGCCAAGGAUUUCUCAAAAGAAGUUACUAGAGAUGGAAGUUUGUUUAUGCCCAACACUCCAUCAUGCAGUAAGGACAACACUCAGAGAUUCAUCAAUAAACCAAUGCAUAAGCAAAAAAGAAGAAGACAUCAAGAAAAUCAGAGUUACUUAAGCAAACUCAUUUACUUAAGAAGUCUAUCCGAUUAUAAAUUGGAUUAAAUGAAUGUGGAGACCGAUCUCCAAAAACAUCUUAGAGGCUUGGAAGAGACUUUACAGAAACUUGAACAUCCCAAUCAAAUCAAAUCUAUUGACUAGGUUUUUAAUCAGAAAAUCGAAUCAAUUACCUUUGAAAAGUGUUUAACACUAGAUUAGGUCAAGGAAACUGCAAGGAAAAUCAUUGCUGCUGAGUGGGAAGUCCAUAAAGAAAUGCCUGUUACGAAGAGUCUGAUGAAAUCAAUCUCAGUCUCAGAUAUCCAAUUAGAAAAGUUGUAGGAAUAAUACAGCAAAUUAUAAGAAUACUUGGAACUUCAGAAAAUUGAUUAUCAUAAUACACAGAAGGAUCAGGCUCAAUUGAUUAUGAAGGAGAAUCAGGAUUUGAAGAAGUUGCAAUUAAAUCAUCAAAAGUAUUAGAUGAAAUUGAGGCAUCAGAAGGUCUAAUAGCAAUUCUAAAUUCCGAAGAGAUUAUUGAAUUUGCAGACUGAUGAAGCUGGCCUGUCUCCCAAAUUCAUUAAACGCAACACUUAGAUUUUGAAUUCCUACAACAAUACCAUCUUUGAAAGAAUGGACCCAGUCCUAAGACAAGAUAAAGAAUAUUAGAAAGCGUAAAAACAAUUGAUGGAUCUGAUGGUUUCCAAUCUCGAAUAAAGGGAUGAAUUAAAUUCAAAGAAAUUAAACACCUUUGCCAAUGUGUUACCUAAGUCAGUAACAAGACUGCCAUCACCCAAAAAUUUAGAUACCUACUCGUAGCGAUCUGAUAACAAAAAAUCCUUCGCUUUUUCCAAUAAUUCUACCAGACUUGAAAUUACCAAAUUUUGA